UCCCUUGUGUUGAAGGGCAAAAUGGGAUUCUAUUGAAAGACAAUUCACAGGGAAAAGAGUUAAAUGGCAUGAGGGAUAUGUUGCUCUCUAGUGUUCUUUAGGUUUAUGUGUGUUUGCUUGCGUGAGGCUUAAGUAAGUUCGUAUGUUUAGUUGAUUUGUUUUUGAAGAUGACUUGCUAGCUAACCUUCGGACGUCACAAGUUGAUGGAUUUUGUAAACUUGGUCGCUUCGUUGCAAGAAUGGUUUUUUUUUUAUUAGGUUGAAAGUUUUUAACAGAACCCCCACCUACAACAACAAUGAAGAUCAGUUUAAAUAACAAAAAUUACGACGAGAAUGUCAACUACGACGACUCUCUCUCAAGCCUAAGCGUAAGCGAAACCCGCCUCUUCGAGGGCACGGUUGAUAGGUAACACCAGUAAGAGAAUACAUUCUCUAAUUCUUGAUGCACCAACAAAAGUAUUGUUACAACACUCGUUUUUCUGUCUAGCCGUAAUUGUAAUUUGAUGGACUGAUUUGUAUUUUCUAUAAAUAAAUGGGAAUGUUGUAAAACAAAAUCACUUGAACCGUGUUUUAAAAAUCAGACCGACCCGAUAAUUGGACCGGGUUCGACCAUGAAUUGGUUACGUAAUCGGAUUGAAUCAAACAAAUGAUUCGACUAUGAAAAUCAUGUAACCUGAUUGAAUCUCAAAUUUAUUAAACUGAUAAAAACCAUUAAAACUAUCAAAAAUUUAUAAACUAUCCAUAUAAACAGUGUAUAUUUAUAAUAUUGGGCCGUACAUUUUAAUAAGGCCCAUGAAACAAAACAGUAACGUAUUUGUAUCAACGAUAUGUCUCGAUAUAGUCAGCACUAACAAAAACGUAUCCUCUGAGCUUAGUUUCCUGAUCACGCCGCGCCAAAUACACCACCUUCGCUCGCCGGGAAACUUGCCACUCAAAACACCUUCGAGAUGUCUGAUUCCGAUAUGGACAUUGACGAUGAUGACGUCCAAGUACAUGUACAGCGUACAAUUGCGGGAGACUCUGGAUUGCUGCUCGCUAAACCUUCCGAUUCCCAAUCCCGGAACGAUGUGAAGAAGCAUUUAGAUGAGAACAGUGGGAAGAAUAAUACUAUGCUGGGAGAAGCAAAAGACAUGCUUUUGUCAAGGUUUCCUGCUCCGGCGCCAAGCUUUCCUUUGGUGAAUGGACCAGAACAGAAACGUGCAUCACUUCCCUGCAAGUUUUUUGGUCAAGGGUGGUGUGAUAAUGGGAUCUCCUGCAGGUUUCUUCAUGUGAAGGAGAACAUGAAUGGCACUAGCCAGCAACAGUGGGGGAAUCAUAUGGCUGGAACCAGUGGUAUCCAGUCUGUUGAAGGUACUGGAUUGUUUAUUGCUUCUAGGUGACUUUAAGUUCUCUUCUUGAAUCAACCAGUGACUUAUUUUCACUUGUAUUUCCCCUG